AUGGAAGAAUACAUAUCAAGACACCAUCGCGCGCAGGAAAUCAGAGUCCUUGAAAAGGUUCAAACAUGGGCAGCAACAAUCGCAUUUCGCGACGACAUGUUAAUGUCUAGUCCCCCAAGUUGCUCUGCUGCAGACUUCAAGAGGCCGCACCUCCGGCGAUGCCUUUUUAACACGGCCAAUAUUGAUUGGAGCCGCUCCUCACGUGUUGGUGGUGGACUCGACGGAUAUAUCUGGAAAGUGUGGUUCGGGGCGGAUGGCCCAUAUGCCCUCAAGUUCUGGGAUGCCGACCGGCCGGACUUUCAUCACUACUUUGCCGCCCAGAGGGAAUGCCAGAAUGCUGCCCUUCUUCAGAUGCUCGAGACAGCAAUUCAACAGGCGACCACUCCAAUUAUGGUGAAUGCCAGCCCAAGAACUAAAGAUGAAGCUUUAGCCAACCUUGAUGGAUUCUCCAACGAAGGCCGACAAAUGAAUACAUUAGCUCUAGGAGCACAUGUCGAGGAAAUAGUAACGAUUCCACGCAUCAGGAAGUGUUAUGGGUGGACAACGUUCAGUGGCCAUGUAUUACUAGAGUUGCCCAAGGAACUAAGGCCACCGGUCCUUCGGGUUGUGUACGAAUAUGUUGAAGAAGGGGAAAAUCACCCGGAUGUUGUAGAAGAAGCAGAUAAAUUCUUUUGGCUUGCUGGAUUUAGCCAUAGCUCCUCUCCUGCUGCAAGGAAUUGGAAGAGCGGAGUCCUUGUGGAUUUGUCGGAUAUUGUUCAUGCUGGUGGAUACGGAUGUAUUAUUACUAGGCAGUAUCAAGACAUUACUGCGACGGAGACAGAAAUCCUCAGGCGAAACUCGACGGAGGCACCCUACCUGUUUCGGGCAAGAAGCAAGAAAUCUUCGCAUCCUAAGCGAAAGCGAGGUCAGGAUCAGCAGGCCCAAGGCAUAUCCUUAUUAUCCUCUAUUGCCGCCGCCCUCGUACAAAGCUACUCGCCUUGCAACGCUAAAAAGCUCUUUGGAGAAGAAGGAUACAACAGGCUUAACACACAGGAAAGACCCGGCUCUGACAGCGUUUCCGUCAAGGUCUUUCUCGCUAUUAGACAGAGCGACGAAAAAAAUUACAUCAGAAACACAGGUCUGUGGAUCCGAUAG